CUUGUAUAACACUUGUAACAUGUAUGAGUGAACCUCGUAUCCAUAGUAACCCGCUAUUGCAGUGUUUACAAACAAAAGUCAGUUUUGUUUGGGUGAAAGAGGGGUAAGAUUGAUAACAAUCACAACAAAAAACAUAAAUCCGUAUGUUUGAAAGUGGCCAUUGAAAGUAUUGUGAAGAAAAAUGUACAAAAAUGGUUGUUCUAGAAGUUUAUACAAAAAAUAUAAAAGUGCGAUAUAAAAGUACAUUGGUAUCAAAAGCAGCAUUUUUGACAUGCAUUUGUGAGCUGUUUACGAUAAUGAUACCUUUAAUGCUUGCUUAUCACACUGGAGGAUUUUGGCAGAAACAGGAUUAUUUUCUUGAGCAACCACAGGUCAAUUUACUAGGAGAUCAUUUGCUAAUAGCUACCACAAAUAAUCUGAGUAAUCCCAUAGUCUGUAGCACUUAUCCUUUUUAUAAAAAUCAGCUUGAUCAUCUGGAUUUAUGUUCACUAAUAAAGCUGAGAGAAAUAGACGAAAAUUUGGAUAAUAAAAUAGAUGAAAUGAAAAUUGACUUUCAUUUGAAUAUAUUUGAUUACAGUAUAGAAUCCAUCAUUCUAAUUAUGCCAAUUAGAUACAAACUUCAAACUGUUUGUCCCCUAGAAAUGCAAUCAGCAGUGAUUUAUCAACAUCAUUUUUGUAACAAAGUGACUGAUGUCCAUAUUUUAGGAGAAUUGAAAGUUCAUCAAAAGAGUCCCAUAGACUGUUCUAAGGGUAGUACACACAGAUAUUAUGACAAUUCAAUUAUUGUUGGUCCAGAAUCAGAAAAGUUUGAAAUAGAAUAUAUACUAGAAAAAUAUUUGGAGAGGAACAUUACAACACAAUUAACAAAUUUAUAUACAAUAAUGAAGGAAGACAUUAAAAAAGAAUUCCAUUUGAGAUUAUCAGUAAAAUAUCCAGAACAUAAACUGAUAUAUAGACCAGGAGUAUGGCAAAUGUUGAAAAUGGCUUGGAUUCAGUAUUUUGCCACAUACAUAAUAUUCAGGUGGUGUUCAGAAAAAAUUAAAAAUUAUAUUUUCCAGAAUAGGCUAGUGUUAUUCUAUGAAGAAUCACCACUGAAAAAAAUAUUGUAAGGAGUGCCAACAAACAAAUAAAGUAUUUAUUUUCUUAAGAAGUCACAUGUUUCAAUGAUAAUAAAUUCCUUAUGUUUUUUGCUUAUACCAUCUUCAGGUACUUACUAUCUAUAAAAUACAAAAGCCUCAAUAUUCAGAAUAAAUCAAGUAUAAAUGAGUAGUAUCUUGAUAACCUCUCAGUCUUCAUAAUAGGUAUAGGCUAGUCAAUCAACAAGUUACCUCUUCUGCUUCACAUAGCCAUGAAUUAAGGAUAGAUUUCAUGAAUUUCUCACAAUGUUAUAUCAUCUAAGGAGUUUGUCUCUGAAGAAACUGCAUAUCUAUUAUCUUCAAUAACAAUGGUAUUUCUUAGCAUGUCAUCUACUUCCACAUAAAGAUACCUGUACUCAUAGUUUCCUGCAUC